AUGUUAAAAUCACUUUAUAACUACAUUGUGAUUAAAUUAAUUGUAUUGAGUUCUACUAAGAGGUUCGAAGAACGCGAAGUUAAAGUUCAAUCAACUUCUAUUGACGAGUUUCAAACUUUAAACAAUACUGUAUAUAACGGGUAUGUUUAUAAUGUUGAUGCUGCUAAAGAUCCAACAGUACGUCAAGAUAAAUGUAGAUCUUCUAAUAAAGAUUGA